GCUGCGAGAGAGCUGAUCCGUCACGCGCCCGCCCGACGCUUCGCCUCCCCUCCCCUCCCCUCUCCGAUCCCCGCGAAACCCUAGGCGAGGGGCGAGUAGGCAUGGUGAAGCAUGAGAACGGCUCGGCCCCCGAUGCCGAUGGCGCUGGUGAGGAGGAGGCGGCGGCCGGCAGCCGCAGCCGCAGCGGCAGCAUGUCCGUAGAAGCCGAUGUGGAGGAGCGUUCGAAGGGGAGCCGAGACCGGGACCGGGACCGCCGUGGCAAGUCGAAGAGGCGGAACGAGGAGGAGGAGGAUGGCGGGAGCGAGAGCUCCGGCGAGGACUCAGGCGAGCGCCGGAAGCGCCGCAGAAAGGAGAAGGAGCGGCGGCAUCGACGGCGCCGGAGCCGUAGCGAGAGCUCGGGCUCAUCGUCGGAGUCUGAGUCGGAAUCCGAGUCUUCUCACUCAGAUUCCAGUGCGGAGUCAGAGAGCCAGACAGAUUCAGAGGAGGAGAGGCGAAGGAGGCGGCGGAGGAGGAGGAAGGAGAGGGAGGAGGAGGAUAGGAGACGGAGGAGAAAGGAGAAGGAAAGAAGGAAAAGAAAGGAGAAGGAAAAGGAGAGGGAGAGGAAGAAGAAGGAGAAGAAGAGGAAGAGGAAGGAGGAAAAGAAGAGUUUGGGCAAGAAGGCUGCAGUGACAAACUCGUGGGGGAAGUAUGGCAUCAUCCGUGAAGUCGAUAUGUGGAACAAACGACCAGAGUUCACUGCAUGGUUGUCAGAAGUCAAGCAGGUUAAUUUGGAGACAUUGUCAAAUUGGGAAGAGAAACAAAUGUUUAAGGAAUUUAUGGAAGAUCACAACACAGCUACUUUUCCAUCAAAAAAAUACUAUGACUUAGAUGCGUAUCAUCGUCGUAUGAUGGAAAAAGAGAAAAAGAAGGGCCUAAAGAGUGCCUUGGAAACAGAACGUACAGUAUUCAAUGAUGAGGAACAGCGACGGCUGGAAUUGCUCAGAGAACGUGAACGACAAAAGGAGGAAGAAGUGGCAGCUCUAAAACGCUCCAUGCAAACUGGAAUGGCUCAAGCAAUGAAAGAGCAAACCCGGCUGCGCGAGGAAAUGAUGUACCAGUAUAGAUUGGGCAAUUUUGAGGCUGCAGCUGCAAUCCAGAAAAGGUUGGAUCCUGAUGCAGAGUAGGCGGUUUAUGGAGAGCGCUAUUUUCAUAUAGCUCCUUAAUUAAAACUGUAGAAGGUACAAACUUAUGGUAAUGUACUGGCGCAGAACUGGUCGUUACAUAAAUUUUACCGAGUUGUCCUGUAAAAUAUUGCGUGCGGAGAGAUAUGAUUUUUAAUUCAAACUGUCUAGCUUCGGUUUUUA